AUGGGAAUAGACAUUGUCAACUUCUAUAGCAGCUAUGGUAGUUAUCACAACAACUUAGUGUAAGUUUAGUUCAUGACAACAUAGGAACAAAGCCAUCCACUUAGUUUGCAUUCCACUCAUCUUGCUCUCUGCUGUCUAAAUUAUGAACCAUUACACAUUCACCAUCGACACAGGCUGUUGUAAGCUUAACAUUGGAUUGAUCAUGCUCUUUGUCCUCGCUCUGGUCUAUAUGGCUGUCGACUUUUUGAGUGGAGUAAGAUAUUGUUAUAUAUGAUACACUUAAGAUUCUUGCUUCCUCAUUUUACAUAUCAGUCACCCUUCUACUCAACCAACACUUUGCCAAUGCUGAUGAGGCUUAAUGGAGUCAUCACUUGUGUGUGGCCACCACUUUCUAAGUAACUUGUUGGAUUUUGUAAUUUAUUGGACAUGGAGUGUUUGAAAGUAAUUCUAUGCAAAAAUUCUUCUAAUUUUCCUAGAGCGAGCACCUGCCCUGUUGGACAAUAUCCUGUAGAUCUUCGUGGCUCCUGACUUUGUGUUCUUGGAAAUAAUGUUCUUCUUGGGUUACAAGCCACAGAUCCAUAAGGCUUGCUAGGUUCAGAUUGAGAACAGUAUCAAACAGUUCAGAAAUGAUAAGAAACAAAAAUGAUAUAAUAUUAAAAAUUAAUAUUAU